UUGGCCGUGGGUAUCAUCACAGUGAAUUUAAUUUUUAAAUGUAAAAAUAAUCAAAUAAUAAAAUAUUCACUAUUAUUUAUGAACUAUAUUUAACAGUCGUACCCUCUGAACAUAUUCAUUUAAUCAGUGAUAUGCUAGAUUUAGGAUAACCAAAAGCAAUUCAAAAUGAUGGACGGAAAUGAUUUAUCGGCUGAAACAAGCAGAAAGAACAUAUUUUCGCAAGCCUGGACUCGAAUUUCUCAGCUGUACCAGAGCACCUUAGACAGAUGGACACCACACACAAAGUCCAGAUGGGUUGGCAGUGCACUGCUUGUGGUUAUAUUUAUUAUCCGAAUAUUUACUAAACAAGGUUGGUACAUAGUCACAUAUGCAUUGGGCAUAUACCACUUGAAUUUGUUUAUUGCAUUCCUUACACCUAAAAUUGAUCCAGCUAUGGAUUUUGAUGGUGAUGAUGACAAUGGCCCAGCUCUCCCCACCCGCGCCACUGAGGAGUUCAGACCGUUCAUUCGAAGGCUACCAGAAUUCAAGUUUUGGCUCUCGGUCACUAAGAGUACCGUGAUAGCCUUCUUUUGCACUUUCAUUGAAGCUUUCAAUAUUCCAGUAUUUUGGCCAAUAUUAGUCAUGUACUUUAUAACCCUGUUUUGUAUUACUAUGAAGAGACAAAUCAAGCAUAUGAUAAAGUACCGGUAUCUACCGUUCACCCACAGCAAGCCAAAGUACAAAACUGUAGACUCUGCAGUAACUGUGAACUGACACCAUAUUAUAUCCUCUACUUAAGAAAGUACGGAGAGUCCUAGUUUAAUUAACAGCUGUUGUCUGCAAAUG